AUGAGGAGUGAGAAUAUCCCAAUCAGUGGCCCGAUGCUGAAAGAGAAAGCUCUUGAGUUUGCCGAAGCGUUGGGUGUCGAGUCAUUUCAAGCUUCUCAGGGGUGGAUGGCUAAAUGGAAAACCAGGUAUGGAGUAUCCUUCAAAACCAUCGCUGGAGAAUCACGGUCCGUCACUGAGGAAAUGACAGCGCCAUGUUUGGAGACAACAUUACCAACCAUUCUCUCCCGCUAUCCUCUGGAAGACAUUUUUAACGCCGACGAAUUUGGGCUUUUCUUUCAAUGCCUUCCCAAUAAAACUUUGCAUAUGAAAGGUGAUAAGUGUUCUGGAGGAAAACACAGCAAAGUUAGACUUACUGGUUUAGCUGCUGGUAAUGCCUUGGGGGAAAGAUUGCCAAUGUUUGUAAUCGGCAAGUCCGCCAACCCUCGUUGCUUUAAAGGUGUCAAAACACUACCCUGUCGAUACCGUUCGCAAAAGAAGAGUUGGAUGUCUGGAGAGCUGUUCGAAGAGUGGGUACGCGAGCUUGAUCGAAAAUUCUCUGUCUCUAAGCGAAAAAUUGCUUUGAUUAUUGACAAUUGUACCGCACAUCCUCAUGUUGAAAACCUGGAAUGGGUAGAAUUGAUCUUUCUUCCUCCAAAUACCACGUCCCGAACCCAACCUAUGGACCAAGGAAUUAUCCGCGCCCUAAAAGCAAAAUAUCGAUCGCUAGCAGUGCGGAAAUUGAUAAAAGCCUUGGACGAGGAAAAAUCGACUCCGAAGUUCUCGAUUCUUGCAGCUAUGUACAUGCUAAGGAAAGCAUGGGAUGAUGUUUCCAACAAAACAUUCACCAAUUGCUUUCGAAAAUCAGGAAUUUCCCAAAAGGAUGCAGAAAGAGCGAUCAACGAAGAUGACGACCCUUUUAAAAGUUUAACCAGCGAAGUAGAAGAAGACCCAAUUCCAACCCUCGAUGCUGAACUCUCUUACAUAAAACGAAGGUUUCCUGACCACAUUGAUCCUGACUUAUCAACUGAAGAUUUCAUUGAUUUUGACAUUGAAGUCAGUACAUCCCAUGGGCGUCUGAAGACUGCUGACAUCAUUGCUGAGAUCACUGGGACUCAAGACGAAGAAUUAGAAGAGGUCGACGAAGAAGACAAGGAGGAAGAAGAUAAGAUCACAAGACCGACGGCCAAGCAAGUGCGUACAGCUAUCAACGUCCUCGAAGACUUGAGUAUUUUUUCACAUUUUGGAGAAGAAAUGAUAGCUUCCCUGAGGGACUUGAAUCGUAAUAUCGCCAAAGAUUUUGAUAUGAGUUGUAAGCAAACAGUUAUCACCGACUUCUUUUCUAAAUAA